GAAAAAUUUUUGAAAUUGGUUGAAUUAGCCUUAGUUCCUUACAAUAGAGUAAAAAUCCACAAUUGUAAUUCUUCCGACAGAGCUCGCGCUAUAAACUCCCAAGAAGGCAAGGAAGAUCUCAGCGGGUUAGUAAAACUGAUAGUAGAAGACACCGACGAAAAUAAAGAAAUAUCCCCCACUAUCAUAAUCCCACCAGAAGACGUACAAGUGGUAAAAGGAAGAGAAACCAUCAUCGAGUGCAUAGCGAACGCGCAGCCGCUGCACGAGCUGGAAACGUUGUGGUUCAAGGACGGCAUCCCCAUAGAAAGUUCUGACGUCAGCUACUCUUUCAAGGACAUGUGGAACCGCACAUUGAUCCUAACCUCUAUUAACACCACCCACAGCGGGCAAUACGAAUGCCAUGUGAAUUUGAAAUCAGGGGGUUUCCCCACUGUCACAGCUUCGGCGCAGGUUAAGGUGUUGGAGAAGCCCAGGGUGUUUAGUAACGCGAAGCCGGAAACCUUAGGGGAUUAUGGGGGACCCAUGAGUUUGCCAUGCGAUGUACUGGGAGUUCCCAAACCGAACAUCACGUGGUACAGGAACGCAGAGGAACUGGAUCUUAACGAUAAAAG